UUCACCCUCAUUCUCCUCAAUCCAAACAAGCCCGAAGCCAAAUCUGGAACACUCUCGUCUCCUCAAAUUCCCAAUAUAUUCUCGUCACCGCUCUAAAAAUCCGCCACAAAUCCCCCAAGAAUUCUGCUUGAUCUUUUAAAAAUCCAAUCUUCGUUACCAUCGAUCUCUGACGAUGGCGGUGAAUCCUCAGCUGUAUGCGAACGGCCUCCCCGUUCCCUUCGUCGGCGAGAUGUUCGUUCUUUCGAGGGACGGCGUCGAGUUCGAGGUCGACAAGAUCCCUCAAGCUCAUGGUGGUCGUAUCAAAACAAAGGGAACGCUUUAUCUCUCAAAUAUACGGAUGGUUUUUGUUGCGAACAAACCUGUAGGAGACUUUGUGGCCUUUGAUAUGCCUCUGCUGUUUGUGCAUGGGGAGAAGUUUAAUCAGCCAAUUUUCCACUGCAACAACAUGUCUGGACAAGUGGAGCCUGUAGUCCCUGAUGACCAAAACAGGGCUCUGUACUCGACUCAUUCCUUCAAGAUCUUGUUCAAGGAAGGUGGAUGUGGGACUUUUGUGCCCCUGUUUUUUAACUUGAUUGAAUCUGUGAGGCGCCAUAAUCAACAGCAAGCUGCUGCUGAUGCUGCAGCUCGUGUUGACCCAUUGCAAGCUGCUCAAACUCCAGUGGAUGAAAUGAUGAGACAUGCUUACGUGGAUCCAAAUGACCCUACAAAGAUUUUCUUGCAGCAGCCAACACAGGAGUCGCAGCUACGGCGGAGGACGGCAUAUCAUUCCCAGCCUGCUGAAAACUCUUACUAGUUUGCAGUGUAUGCCUAUGUGAACCGUGAUCAAUAUUAUUGUAUAGAUUUCGCACAUAAGUGUUGUACUUAUUUUCCCGUUCUUUUGGGACUUUGAUGUGUGCAAUAAUAACUUGAUAUGCUGGUGAGUCUUUCGUCUGGAAGAUUAGGUGCAUUUGAGGUAUUAUAUUCUGCAAUAUUAGCCAUUGCUCAUGAGGAUGCUGUUUCCAUGGAUU